UUUGGGGGCACACCAACCAGCGUGCUCUGUGUUUCCUUCAGGCCGAUACCAUCAUGCAUCCGUGGGUAGCCAUCCUGGGCCUCAUACUCCUUCUGACAGGUGGUGUAACGUCUUACCCACGAGUGACUGGAGUGGAGGGUCAGUCUGUCAGGCUACCCUGCACCUAUGGUGGAGAAGUCAAGCGCAUGUGCUGGGGCCAAGGGGCAUGUCCUUUAACUCGCUGUGGAAGUGCCAUUAUCUGGACUAAUGGAUACAGUGUCACCUUUCAGAAGGACAAACGUUAUAAGCUAAACGGAAACAUUGGUGAAGGGGAUGUGUCUUUGACCAUAGAGAAUGCAGCUCAGGCUGACAGUGGCUUGUAUUGUUGCCGUGUUGAGAAGAGAGGGUGGUUCAAUGAUAUAAAAAUCACCCUAGACUUGAGUAUAAAUCCAGCUCCACCUACCACAACAGUAAUGACCACUAUUACUCCACCAAUGACCACUGCUACUACUACUCCACCAACUACCACCACUACUACUCCACCACCAACUACUACCACUACUACUCCACCACCAAUGACGACCACUACUGCUCCACCACCAACUACCACCACUAAUACUACUCCAACAACAACAAUCACCAUUACUACUCCACCAACUACCACUACUACUACUCCACCACCAAUGACGACCACUACUGCUCUACCAACAACGAUGGUCACCACUGCUCCAACAACAACGAGGGCCUCUACCUCUGCUCUUCCAGUGCCAGCACCCACAGAGAACCUCCAGCCAGUAGCUUCUUUAUCUUCUCCUACGCAGAGAACGGAAACCCAGCCUACCACACAGCAAGAAACAAAUAUAACCGGCUCCCCAUCGCACUCUUGCUCAACAGAUGGGUAUGGCACUGUGACCCAGUCUCCAGAUGCCCUUUGGCAUAACAAUCAAACUCUUGUGACGCUGGCACAAGAUCCAUGGAUGAGCACCAAUAAGGGAGUCUACAUUGGAGUCUGUGUUACUGCCUUGGUAUCAUUGCUCACAUUUUUGGUUUUCAUGAUUAGCAAAAGAUAUUUUUGCCUGAGUAGCAAGGUGGAGCUACUACGUGUGAUUCCGUUGAGGGACUCUCACAUUGGAGCUUUGAAAAAUGCAGCUCUGAAGCCUGUCCGAGCAGAAGACAAUAUCUACAUUAUUGAUGACCUUCAUUAAGUCAUGGAUCCAGUGGCCUUCUAAGGCAUUAUGCCCUUGACUGUGGAAGACAGUGACCAGAUAUCACUGUGCCAGAGUCCUUUCAUGAAGCAGGACAAUUUUUCCGUCAGUUUCCCAUGGCAUUCCAACCAGUCGGUGAUAUUGGGUAGAGUGAGUGUAGCUCAUCUGUGUACCGUCAACCUCUGUAACAUUGUCCUAAUUUUUUAUACUAAAACUGGUUCAAUCUUUCUGGUCAUUGCAGAGCUCUCUCCAAAACAUGAAAUUUAUUCCUUAGAAUUGUACAUUCUCUUUAGACCCUAUGAAUCCUGUUUUCUAUCAAGAAUUCUCCUUGGGGAGACAGAAUAAACACUACUACCUCAGUUACCAAAGCUGUCAAGAAGAGCUGAAUACCACUUAAAAUCAGCAAAUCCAAUUUGGGACUUAAAGGACUUAACUUGGAAGCAUUUCAUGAUUGUCUUUUUUUUUAAUCAAGUAACUUCAAAUGUUAUAUUCCUUAGGGCCCCCAAGGGUUUCAAAUCAUGGGAGUGUACAGGUUUUUAUUUACACAAUGGGAAAAUGUGAGUGUGAUUUUGCCAUUAUAGGUAGAUCUGGUUUCUCAGGGCUCUGGAAAUAGAAUUGCUUUCCCUGGGACCAGGAUGGGUAUUUUAGCAGUUAGAAGAAGCUAGCGUAGUGAGUGGACCAUGGAGACACCAGGGGAAGAAAAUCAAUUGCCACAUGAUUUAUGCUGUUUCUGCUACAUUGGUGCCACAGUUCUAGGCACUUAUGCAGACAACUGGCAGACUCUCUGAUGUAAUUUUUAGAAUGAGGUAGGGUGGAAAUAAAAGGAAAAAAGAGGGGGAGGGAGUAGUAAAAGAGGCUUUCUGACUUAGAAAAGCUAGUUUGCAAAUAUAAUAGUGUUGUUUGAGAGUGUUACCAGUUUCAACCGAAAUGCUAAAUUGUCCUCGAACCACUUUGAUUUUUAAAAUUGUUUUGGAAGGAUAAAGGGUCUUUUUCAUAUUGAAUCAAUUCCUGUGUUAUAUCUUUUUCACAGCUCAAUUAAAUUUUUGGUUUUUCCAGAAGAGUUAGAGAAAGGCUAACGGUAAGGAUAUUUUUAAUCACUAGGAGCAUUUCUACAUGAACAGUUAACAAGACUGGAAAUUAAUUUCAAUUUGAGCAAACCCUGAAACAACUCAUGCUUGAGUUAUUUGGGAGGUGUUCAGAGCUACUCUCACCAAAGUGGUCCAUGAGGGCUGGAUGCUCGUUUUUGAAGGCAAUGUUUUUGACACUUCUGCGGAGUUCUGGGAAAUUAACAGGACCUCUGAAUAAAGGUUAUGGGGCAAAGAAGAUUGCUAAACAUUGUAUACUAGUUUUCACAAGUGGGACCAGGCUGAUCUAGUUUAAAAAAUUAUAUUCCAACUACAGGGAUUUUUUUUUUUUUUUAAAUUCAAGACAACAUGCAUAACCACAGUGAUUUCAAAUUAAUGUCAAGAUGGAUAACUUCUCUGGAAAGAGCUAACAACAUCGGGCUGCAUCCCUAUGCAGCCAGGGCCCCACUAGAUGGCGCCACAUCCCUCGGCCCCGCCCCAGCCCUUGCCUUGCCUGCAGGCUCACGUUUGUUACCUGCUUUGUGGCUUGUGGGGCUUUGAAUUUUUUGAUGCGUGCUCUAUUCUCCAUAUCCUUCCUGGAGUUUUGUGAUGACACAUUACAGGUUGUGGGAAUUUGAUCGACUUUAUUCAAUCCAGCAUUUCCAAAAUUUGUUUAAAAUCCCUGAGCACCAUGACUACUGGCAUACCCAGUAGCAUUCUGUGAAACAAGAUGGGGAAACUGGGAGAAAGCGGAUGGUACACAGAAUUAGAGAUAGGACCUGAGUUCUAAUCCUAACUCUUACCAGUAACAUUGAUGACAUUAGGAUAAAUCAUUCUUUAUGCCUAAGUUUUUAAUAUAUUUUUUAAUGAAGUAGAGAUGAUUUACAAUGUUGUGCUAAAUUUUUUUUACACCUCUUAGAAUUAUUUCCAAACAUACAUUGGUGUAUAGUGGUAAUUCCAAUGACAUAUUCUUUGUGAGAAAAAUAAAAGUGAAAAACACUACAGAAAUGCAAAGGUUUCUUUUGUGUGUGUGUGGAGUUGGUAGUGAUAGAUCUAGCAUCAGUGCUCAGUAAAUAAUUUCAACGGUGUUGCAUUCAUAAGUCUCUUGCUAUAUGGUACCUUUUAUUAUUUUUCUGAAUAAUGUUUCUGUUUUUGAAAAGUUGAUAUUGGGUAAUUUGGCUAUCAUUUUAAACUGUACAAAAAUUUGUCAAUAACUGAGAGGGAGCAUGGGUUAGAGGGAAGGAAGGGGAGGUACUUAGUUAAUAUUAAAUUCUUUUCUGUAAAAGUACCAAUUUUAUAUAAUGAAUUUACUUUUGUUUUUGAUCUUUUGAGACCAUCGAGAUUCCAUUUUCUACAAUCGAUCUUGGGGCUUUAGGACACUGGUAUAAUUAAAGCUAUAUAUUUGAACUUAGGAAAUUCUGCACAUCUUUAAAAGUAGAGGAACCAAUCUUUCAUUGA